AGCCCUUUAAAAGUGAGGGCUUCCUCCACCCUUCUUUUCAGCAGGGCUGCUCUGCGAAUUGAGCAGGGGAAGGGGCGAUCCAGCACCCUCCUUGUUUGGGUUCCUCUGUACCCUCUCCUCUCCAUCACUGGAAGGAAAGGAUACACUCUGGGCCAUGAGGCUGUUUCUGCUCCUGAUUUUCCUGUCUCUCAGUCCAGUCGCUGUGCAGCUGUUGGACACUAGGCACUUUUUAAUAUAUAAUGAAGAUCACAAGCGUUGUGUGGAAGCAAUAAGCGCCAGUGCCGUCCAAACAGCAGUCUGCAACCCGGACAGUGAAGCACAGAGAUUCCGAUGGGUGUCCGAGUCCCAGAUCAUGAGUAUUUCCUUUAAAUUUUGCUUGGGGGUGUCAUCAAAAACAGAUUGGGUUCCUGUCACUCUCUAUGCCUGCGACUCAAAGAGCGAAUUGCAGAAAUGGGAGUGCAAAAAUGACACACUUUUGGGGAUCGAGGGAGAAGAUUUAUUUUUUAACUAUGGCAAUAGACAAGAAAAGAAUAUUAUGCUUUACAAAGGAUCGGGUCUAUGGAGCAGAUGGAAGAUCUAUGGGACCACUGAUGAUUUAUGUUCUAGAGGUUAUGAAGCCAUGUACACACUACUGGGCAAUGCAAAUGGAGCAAGCUGUGUAUUUCCCUUCAAGUUUGAAAACAAGUGGUAUGCAGAUUGCACAAGUGUUGGGGCUUCGGAUGGAUGGCUCUGGUGUGGAACCACUGCAGAUUAUGACACGGAUAAACUAUACGGAUAUUGUCCACUAAAAUUUGAGGGCAGUGAAAACUUAUGGAAAAAAGACCCACUGACUGGCAUUUCCUACCAGAUAAACUCCAAGUCUGCUUUAACUUGGCACCAGGCGAGGAAGAGCUGCCAACAACAGAGUUCCCAACUCUUGAGCAUCACAGAAAUACAUGAGCAAACAUACCUGACAGGAUUGACCAGCGCCUUGACCUCAGGACUCUGGAUUGGACUGAACAGCCUGAGUGUGAACAGUGGGUGGCAGUGGAGUGAGGGCAGUCCAUUCCGGUAUUUGAACUGGUUACCAGGAAGUCCAUCAGCAGAACCUGGAAAGAGCUGUGUGUCACUAAAUCCUGGGAAGAAUGCUAAAUGGGAAAAUCUAAAAUGUGCUCAGAGACUGGGCUACAUUUGUAAAAAGGGCAACACAACUUUGAAUACUUUCAUCAUUCCCUCAGAAAGUGGUGUGCCUACUAACUGCCCACAUCAGUGGUGGCCAUAUGCAGGUAACUGUUACAAGAUUCACAGAGAGGUGAAGAAAAUCCAAAGAGAUGCCUUGACUGCAUGUAGGAAGGAAGGCGGUGACCUAGCCAGCAUCCACACCAUUGAGGAAUUUGACUUCAUUAUCUCCCAGCUGGGUUAUGAGCCAAAUGAUGAGUUAUGGAUUGGCCUAAAUGACAUUAAGAUUCAAAUGUACUUUGAAUGGAGUGAUGGAACCCCAGUAACAUUUACCAAAUGGCUCCGUGGAGAACCAAGCCACGAAAACAACAGGCAGGAAGACUGUGUCGUGAUGAAAGGCAAGGAUGGGUACUGGGCAGAUCAGACCUGCGAACGGCCUCUUGGCUACAUCUGUAAAAUGAAAUCACAAGCCCAAGGGCCAGAAAUAGUGGAAGUCGAAACAGGCUGUGGGAAGGGCUGGAAAAGACAUGGCUUCUACUGCUAUAUGAUUGGACACACACUUUCAACAUUUACAGAAGCAAACCAAACCUGUGUGAAUGAGAAGGCUUACCUGACUACUGUUGAAGACAAAUAUGAGCAAGCCUUUCUAACUAGUUUUGUUGGAUUGAGGCCUGAAAAAUAUUUUUGGAUAGGACUAUCAGACGUACAAAACAAAGGGACCUUUCAGUGGACCAUUGAGGAGCAGGUUCAGUUCACUCACUGGAACGCGGAAAUGCCAGGGAGAAAACCAGGGUGCGUUGCCAUGAAAACUGGGAUUGCAGGGGGCUUGUGGGAUGUUUUGAAAUGUGAAGAAAAGGCAAAAUUUGUGUGCAAACAGUGGGCAGAAGGAGUAACUCACCCACCAGAGCCUACGACAACACCCGAACCCAAAUGUCCAGAGGAGUGGGGCACUACCAGUAAAACAAGCUUGUGUUUCAAGUUAUUUACAAAAGGAAUACAUGAGAAGAAAACAUGGUUUGAAGCUCGAGAUUUCUGCAGAGCUCUGGGUGGAGACCUAGCGAGUAUCAAUAAUAAAGAGGAGCAGCAAACGAUAUGGCGGUUAAUAACGGCUAGUGCAACCUACCACGAACUGUUUUGGUUGGGGCUGACAUAUGGAAGUCCUUCAGAGGGCUUUACUUGGAGUGAUGGUUCUCCUGUUUCCUAUGAAAACUGGGCUUAUGGAGAACCUAAUAAUUAUGGAAGUACUGAAUACUGUGGAGAGUUGAAAGGUGACCCAAGCAUGUCUUGGAAUGAUAUUAACUGUGAACAUCUUAAGAAUUGGAUUUGCCAGAUCCAGAAAGGACAAACACCAAAACCUGAGCCAACACCAGCUCCUGAAGACAAUCCACCAGUCACUGAAGAUGGGUGGGUUAUUUACAAAGACUACCAGUAUUAUUUUAGCAAAGAGAAGAAAACCAUGGAUGAUGCACGAGAAUUUUGCAAGAAGAAUUUUGGUGAUCUUGUUUCUAUUCAAAGUGAAAGUGAAAAGAAGUUUCUAUGGAAAUAUGUAAACAAGAAUGAUGCGCAGCCAGCAUAUUUUAUUGGUCUAUUAAUCAGCUUGGAUAAAAAGUUUGUCUGGAUGGAUGGAAGCAAGGUGAAUUAUGUGUCUUGGGCCACAGGUGAACCCAAUUUUGCAAAUGACGACGAAAACUGUGUAGUCAUGUAUUCAAAUUCAGGGUUUUGGAAUGACAUUAAUUGCGGUUAUCCAAAUCCCUUCAUCUGCCAGCGACACAACAGCAGCAUCAAUGCCACAGUUAUUCCUGCCACGCAAGUGCCCCCAGGAGGUUGUAAGGAAGGGUGGAGUUUCUACAACAACAAGUGUCUCAAAAUCUUUGGAUUUGUUCAAGAAGAAAGAAAAAUAUGGCAAGAGGCACGAAAAGCUUGCAUAGGAUUUGGAGGAAAUCUGGUUUCUGUACGCAAUGAAAGAGAACAAGCAUUUCUUACCUAUCAUAUGAAGGACUCCACUUUUCAUGCUUGGAUUGGACUGAAUGAUGUCAAUUCGGAGCACACGUUCCUUUGGACAGAUGGGCGAGGAGUUCACUAUACCAACUGGGGGAAAGGUUUCCCUGGCGGAAGAAGGAGCAGUCUUUCUUAUGAAGACGCUGACUGUGUUGUUAUUAUUGGAGGGAAGUCAAAAGAGGCCGGGAAAUGGAUGGACGACACCUGUGAGAGUAAGCGAGGUUAUGUAUGCCAAGCACCUCCUGAUCCUUCCUUGCCUAAUUCUCCAGCAACAGUUCCAACAGAUGGCUUUAUUAAAUAUGGUCAAAGUAGCUACUCACUCAUAAAACUUAAGUUACAAUGGCAUGAAGCAGAGAAACAUUGCAAGUUUCAAACUUCUUCUAUGGCUAGCAUCCUAGAUCCCUAUAGUAAUGCAUUUACAUGGAUGCAAAUACAAACAUUUAAUGAACCUGUGUGGAUUGGCCUAAAUAGUAACUUGACCGAUGGUGACUAUGUUUGGACUGAUAAAUGGAGGGUGAGAUACACUAAUUGGGCUGCCGAUGAGCCCAAACUGAAAUCAGCGUGUGUUUAUCUGGAUCUUGAUGGCACCUGGAAGACAGCACAUUGCAAUGAAAGUUUUAAUUUUCUCUGCAAAAGAUCAGAUGAAAUCCCUGCCACUGAACCUCCCCAGCUGCCUGGCAGAUGCCCAGAGUCAGAUCACACAGCGUGGAUUCCUUUUCAUGGCCACUGCUACUAUAUUGAGUCUUCAUAUACAAGACACUGGGGCCAAGCAUCUCUGGAAUGUCUUCGCAUGGGUUCCUCUUUGGUUUCCAUUGAAAGUGCUGCUGAAUCGAGUUUUCUAUCAUAUAGAGUUGAGCCACUUCAAGGCAAAACCAAUUUUUGGAUAGGACUGUACAGAAAUGUUGAAGGAAAGUGGAUGUGGAUAAACAACAACCCAGUCUCCUUUGUCAACUGGAACACAGGAGACCCCUCUAGUGAACGAAAUGAUUGUGUAUCUUUGAUUGCAUCUUCUGGAUUUUGGAGUAAUAUUCACUGUUCUUCCUACAAAGGAUAUAUUUGUAAAAGACCAAAAAUUAUUGAUGCUGAACCUACCCAUACAUUAAUGACAACAAAAGCUUAUCCAAGAAAGAUGGACCCAUCUAAAAAGUCUUCCAGUGUGGCAGGGGUAGUCGUCAUUGUGGUCCUCCUGACUGUAAUGGGUGCUGGCCUUGCUGCGUAUUGGUUUUAUAAGAAGAGACGUGUGCAUUUACCUCAAGAGAAUACUUUUGAAAACACCCUCUAUUUUAACAGUAGAUCAAAUGCAGGAAUUAGUGAUACAAAAGAUCUCAUGAACAAUAUUGAACAGAAUGAACAUGUGGUCAUGUAGUAUCACAAUGUGAUUUAGAUAUAUUUGAAUUUCAUAAAAUUAUAACUAAAAUGUUAAGGUCUUUAAUUCAAUCUGAUUGUUUUGUUUAAAAUUAGGACUGUGUUGCACUGGUCUGUGCCUUUUCUUUGCCUAAUUGAAGAAAUAAUUGCUCAUUUUCUAGCCUGGCAAGAUACUUUCACAAAAGAGAGAAGAUACUGAUUACCACUUUUAAAAACCUUAGGUGAAUACAUAGGAUGAUAAUGUCAACACUUAUGCAUCACUGGUGUAUAGUUAUUGUCAACUUCAUGCAGAUUAAAAGAGUCCCAGAAACAACCAACUAAGCUUCCUGAAAGAGUUUAAGGAGCUCCCAAAGAAAUGUUACCUAUUGAGUAAUAGUUCAGUAAUUAGAGGACCAUUUAAAAACAAUUAAGUCCAAAUAACGUCAGAUAGCAUAAAAAUUUAGUCACUUUGUCUUUUUACCAAUUUUGAUUUUCACUCCAAUUAUUUAGAAUUGUAUUUGUACAUAUGCAGAAAGAAUAAGGAAGCUGAGAAUCUGUUUUUUUUCCAAGCAGGAUUUUGAGGCUGAAUAUUGCAAAGGUGUUCUUUGUCCUGUUAUAUGCAUAUCAGAAAUGCAAAGAUGUGAAAUAAAAAUGUAAAUUUGCAUAACUGGAUGUACUUAGAUAAUGUGAAAUAAACAUCAAAGACAAGGUCUAUUUUUAACA